AAUUACCUACUCAUUUUACUAGUACAAUAUUAAUCAGUUUCUUUUUUUUUUUUUUUUUACAAGGAAGCAAGUUGAAUAGUCAUUAGACAGGCGUUUAUACAUAACAAUAUUUGACCGCGUUUCAACAGAUAUAUAUAUAUAUGCUAAUUAUAAAAAUGAAACAGACAAAGUUAUUAUUCAUUCUCUCAGUAGUUUUAGUUUUUUAUUUGAAAAAAAUUUCUGGACAUGGAAGAUUAAUGGAUCCUGUCAAUAGAUCAAGUAUGUGGAGAAAGGGAUAUUAUACACCAAUAAAUUACAAUGAUAAUGAAAAUUUUUGCGGUGGAUUUACUGUGCAAUAUUCUAAAAAUUCGGGAAAAUGUGGAGUUUGCGGUGAUGACUAUAAUGAUCCACGACCGAGGAAAAAUGAAAAUACAGGAACUUAUGGAUUAGGAAAUAUUGUUGCAACAUACAAUACAGGGGACAAAAUUCAUGUAAUAGCUGAAAUUACAGCAAAUCAUAAGGGACAUUUUGAAUUUCAAUUAUGUCCUUUGAACAAUUCCAUGGAAAUGGAGGAGGAAGAAUGCUUUGAAAAAUAUCAUCUGCCAUUAGUUGACGGUUCAUAUAAAUAUGUACUGCCCACUGAGAAUACUGGAUUCUUUGAAACAGAUAUUAUUCUUCCAAAAGGAAUUUCUUGUGACCAUUGUGUUUUACGUUGGGAAUAUAUCGCGGGAAAUAAUUGGGGCACCUGCACUGAUGGUUUUGGUAAACUUGGCUGUGGUCCUCAAGAAACAUUUAAAAGUUGCUCCGAUAUCAAAAUAAUUCAAUAAACAAUAUAAUUUUAUAUCAUUUUCUGAUAUCAUAUAUAAGAAUCAUUGCAAAUAAUAUUGUGAAAUACGUUAUUACAUAUAUAUGUAUAUAAUGCCUUUGAAUAUAAUAUAAUAAUUAUUUUUUAAUUAA